AUGGACAUUCCACAGCUUCCUGUUUUAUCUCAGAAGAGCCCAUGUUGUCCCAAUACAGAAGAGCCCAAGGCUGUUCCACUGUCUACAGCGAAUGUAGCAACAACUCUGGCCCCAGCUGACCAGCUAUGGAGCACCAGCAGAGACAAGGCAGUCAGGCUGAGGAUGGAGGGCUCAGGUUCGGCCUCAAGCACUCCCAUCACCAUCCAUCAGAUGUUCCUGGAGACGGUGGAAAGCUACGGGGAUCACUCAGCCUUGGUUUAUAAAAAAGAGGGCCAGUGGGUGACCAUUACAUGGAGGCAAUACUACGAGCAGUGCCGGGCAGCUGCCAAAAGUUUCCUCAAGUUGGGGCUGGAGCGCUACCAUGGUGUGGGAAUUCUGGGAUUCAACUCCCCUGAGUGGUUCAUCUCGGACGUUGGCUGCAUCUUUGCCGGGGGUCUAGUUAAAGAUCAACUACCUCAUCUGAAAGCCAUCGUUCAGUAUAAAGGCGAGCUGCAGCAGAAAGCACCUUUCCUGUAUACAUGGGCAGAGUUCAUGAAGCUGGGAGAGGACUUGCCCGAGGAACAGCUGAAUGCCAUGAUUGAGAGUCUUCGGGCCAACGAGUGCUGUACUCUCAUCUAUACCUCUGGAACCACGGGCAACCCUAAAGGAGUCAUGUUGAGCCAUGACAAUCUGACGUGGACAGCCAAUGCUGCACUUUCCAUGGCAAAUAUUAACCGUGCUGAGGAGGUGGUGGUCAGUUACCUGCCACUCAGCCACGUGGCAGCCCAGAUGUUUGACAUGUGGAUGUCUAUUAGUGUUGCCAUGACCACCUACUUUGCAGAGCCUGACGCCCUCAAGGGCUCCUUAGUAAACACACUGAAAGAGGCUCGUCCAACUUGUUUCCUGGGGGUUCCUCGUGUGUGGGAGAAGAUGCAGGAGAAGAUGAAAGCUGUUGGUGCCAAGGCGUCCCCAAUGAGGAAGAGGUUGGCAGACUGGGUCAAGUCCAUAGGUCUGCAGUACAACUACAGUGUCAUGAACGGGUGA